AUGUACGGUAAUGUUGACCAUGACAAUGUUGGCCAAAGUAAUGUUGACCAUGACAAUGUUAACCAUAGGAAUGUUGACCAUGACAAUGUUAACCAUAGUAAUGUUGACCAUGAUAAUUUUAACCAUUUUAAUGUAGACCAUGAGAAUGUUGACCAUGAGAAUGUGGGCCAUGAUAAUAUUAACCGUGAUAAUGUUGACCAUGAGAAUGUGGGCCAUGAUAAUAUUAACCGUGAUAAUGUUGACCAUGAUAAUGUUGAUCAUAAUGUUGACCAUGAUAAUGUUGACCAGGAUUAUGUUAACCAUGAUAAUGUUGACCAGGAUUAUGUUAACCAUGAGAAUGUUGACCAGGAUUAUGAUAACCAUGAGAAUGUUGACCACGAUAAUCUGGACCAUAAGAAUGUUGACAAUGAUAAUGUUGAUAAUAAGAAUGUUACCGAUGACAAUGUUGACCAUGAUUGUAAUGUUGACCAUGAGAAUGUUGACUAUGAUAAUGUUGACCAUAGAAAUAAUGACCAAAAGAAUAUUAACAAUUGUAAUGUUGACCAUUAUAAUGUUGACCAUGAUAAUAUUGACCAUAGUAAUGUUGGCCAUAGUAAUGUUGACCCUGAUAAUGUUGACCAUGAUUAUGUUAAGCAUGAGAAUGUUGACCAUGGUAAUGUUGACCAUUAUUAUGUUAACCAUGAAAAUGUUGACAUUGAUAAUGAUGACCAUGAUAAUGUUGACCAUGAUUAUGUUAACCAUGAGAAUGUUAACUAUGAGAAUGUUGACCAUGAUAAUGUUGACCAUGACUAUGUUAACCACGAGAAUGUUAACCAUAGUAAUGUUGACCCUGAUAAUGUUGACAAUGAAAAUGUUGACCAUGAAAAUGUUGACUAUGAGAAUGUUAACCAUAGUAAUAUUGACCUUGAUAAUGUUGACCAUAAUAAGUGUUGA